AUGGCGAAGGUUUCAGAGCUUUACGAUGUUACUUGGGAAGAAAUGCGAGAUAAGAUGAGAAAAUGGAGAGAAGAAAACUCACGAAACAGUGAGCAAAUUGUGGAAGUUGGAGAGGAAUUAAUUAAUGAAUAUGCUUCUAAGCUUGGAGAUGAUAUUUGGAUCAUAUAUGAGCAAGUGAUGAUUGCAGCCCUAGACUAUGGUCGAGAUGACUUGGCAUUGUUUUGUCUUCAGGAAUUGAGAAGACAGUUCCCUGGCAGUCACAGAGUCAAGAGACUAACUGGCAUGAGAUUUGAAGCCAUGGAGAGAUACGACGAUGCUAUACAACUAUAUGAUAGAAUUUUACAAGAAGAUCCAACUAACACUGCUGCAAGAAAGCGUAAGAUUGCCAUUCGAAAAGCCCAGGGGAAAAAUGUGGAGGCCAUUCGGGAACUGAAUGAGUAUCUGGAACAAUUUGUUGGGGACCAAGAGGCCUGGCAUGAACUUGCAGAACUUUAUAUCAAUGAACAUGACUAUGCUAAAGCAGCCUUUUGUUUAGAGGAGCUAAUGAUGACUAAUCCACACAACCACUUAUACUGUCAGCAGUAUGCUGAAGUUAAAUAUACCCAAGGUGGACUUGAAAACCUCGAACUUUCAAGAAAGUAUUUUGCACAGGCACUGAAACUGAACAACAGAAAUAUGAGAGCUUUGUUUGGGCUUUACAUGUCGGCAAGUCAUAUUGCUUCUAAUCCAAAAGCAAGUGCAAAAACAAAAAAGGACAACAUGAAAUAUGCUAGUUGGGCAGCUAGUCAAAUAAACAGAGCGUAUCAGUUUGCAGGUCGAAGUAAGAAGGAAACUAAAUACUCUCUUAAGGCAGUCGAAGACAUGUUGGAAACACUGCAGAUCACCCAGUCUUAAGUUCUUUUCAUUUUAUUCUGCCAUGAGAAAUGAGCAGAUGUGAAAUAACUCUCCCCAUAUAAAGGUACUUCUUAUCAACAAAUCAUUGCUAUCAUAAGAUGCACUCUUUUUUGCCAGUGAAUUUAGUAACUGCAUUUCAACAUGAUCAGCCAUCUCAGAUUUGUUUGCUAUGAAAUGCUCAUACAUUACUCCACUAUGUUCUUACUUCAAUCCCCUAUCAGUCAAUAGGGUAGUGUUUACUUUAGCAAUUAUAUUUGUGUAAGAUAGUGCCUUGUAUAACUGUCAGCCUAAGUUUCACAUUAUUUUUCUAAUUUUAAUACCUACUUGCCAAAAAUUUUUUUAUGAAGUACAUUGUUAAUGUGCAAUUUGUAAACCUCAGUUUAAAUGUACGGAUCAUCCUCUUGUGGCAGUUAUUUGCCAAGUGCUUUGAACGGCACUUUUUCCUUGUUAACGGUAUCUUAUGUUGUUCAGGUAGGAGCAGAAAUCCCUGCUCUUCAAGGAGAUAAGGACCUUACCUUAUGUCAGCCCUAGGAUAUGUAUCAUGAUUGAUCCAAAACAAGGUGGUUUCAUUUCUUAUGAUCUGUGAGACGCCAAGGCAGAACUUUUUUCAGUAAAGGAGAUAUUCUGUAUUUGUGCUGUCCAAUAUGGUAGCCACUAACUGUAGCUAUUGAGCACUUGAAAUAUGGUCAGUAGAACUGAGACAUUGAAUUUUUAAUUUAAUUUAAUUUUAAUUUUAAUAGCUGCAUGUGACUGAUGGCCACCAUAGUGGGUAGUACAAAUAUCUAAAGUGUGGGCAUAUGACCUAUUUAAGGCUAAUAAAAGGUUCUAUGGAAUUGAAAGUCCAUGUCAUCAGCAGUUUGGGGGAAAAGUACAUCCUUAUUCAAAAUUGAUAUUUUAUUUCAAAUAGUUCUAUAAAACUGUAAAAAAAAUAAAUAAAAUUUUUAAAAAAAGGGUCUGUGGGACCUUUUUGGGAAGGGUCUUCCUUUCAAAUUAAAAAGUCAGAGUUUUGUGAAGUGAGGCUUUUUGCCUCUUUCUACUUCAGGCCAUGAGUGUCAACAACAUGCCUAGAGGUACAAUAGCCAUCUUACAACUACGAAACAAUAAAUAGGAGAAUGAAAGCUACUUUUUAGAGAUGGCUUUGUAGAAAGAUUAGAGGGAGCCUGCGUCCCUGAUGGGAUGUUGAACACCUGAACCAACAUGAGCACUUGCCAACCUCUGCACUUAUUACAUGAGAAAAAUAAACUCUUGAUUAAGACAUUGUUUGGAUUUUCUGUUAUUUUUUGCCAUGUAUGUUUCUGACUAAUAUAUCCAUCAGCUUUUUUUUUUUUUUUUUUUUAGUGUGCAAAACUCUUAUUUUGACUGGGAAUGGUGUUUCAGAAUGUAAUGAUUUAAAGUUAAGGGGACAAGUACAUACAACAAAAAAAGUAGUAUCUUGUUGCAACUCAGUACACACUAAGCCAACUUUAACAAUAGGAUAAUAUUGACUUGGGAGCAGAGGAGGAUGUGGAAAAGAUAGAAAUGGAAGACCAGUGUUUCAGUAUGUUGGGAGCGUAUAAUUUUUAUUGGUAAACAUUUCAAAGAAUCUUUUUUUUUUUUUCUGAUGC